AUGGGGCUCUCCGUGCGUGUGCUGGAGAAGUCGCGAGGUGCUGGAGGACGAAUGGCCACACACGCUUUUCGUCGUGGUGAACGUUCCUCGCCCAUCUUGGCUCACGCUGAUUUGGGAGCUCAGUACGUGACAACUCGGUCGUCUCCAGACCAUCCUUUUCUAGGACCACUCUACAAACGUUUGACAGACGCAGGUGUUUUGAUUCCAUUCACUGGAGAGGUGGCAGGGGCCAAUCCCUAUGGUGGUGCUGGGCCGGAAAUUCGCCAUUUCGCCGCUCCCAAAGGCAUGCGUUCCAUCGCAGAAUACUUCCUGCAGUCCUCCUCCGUCCCAGUGGAUUGGGGCGUGGCAGUCGAGGACUUGGCCUUGGAAGCUACUCAAAUUGCGGUGAGCGCUAAGGAGCUACCUGAAGAGGCCAACUCACCCAGUGUGGUGGUGCUGACACAGCCGGUGCAACAGAUCCUUGGUGCCUCCAAGUUCGGUUUGAGGGGUAGCUUCUUGAAAGACACCGAUGAGAAGGUGAUGACUGGGCUGAAGCAGGUGGAGUACUCGUCGCGAUUUGCCGUGGCCUAUUUCUUUGACAAAUCCAAGGUUUCGUGGCCUUUUUCCUGGACGGUCAAAUAUUUUGACAAAGGUGAUGUGCGAUACGUGGCACAUGACACAGCCAGACGCGGUGGUGCUACAGAUGAGCCUUUGAUGGCAGUGCUAGUGCACAGCGGAGUGCCACUGGGAAUCAAGUUGAGCGAUGAGGAGGAUCCCUUCCCCACUGCUGCUGCCAAAAUGCAAACAGAGCUGGAAGAGAAGCUGCCGGAGUUGCCAUGGGCCACGGCCGAGGGCUCGAAGGUCCACAAGUGGAAGUACAGCCAGGUCUACAUAGGCUAUGGUGGGCAGAAGCCCAGUCCCAGCUGGGUGUGGCCCAUGACCGAGACUGGCUCUCCACAGAGUGGGUGUGUCGAGCUCUUUCGCGGUGCUGGAGGUUUGGGGCUCCUGUGUGGUGAUGCAGUUGCGCCCGCGAGCAAUUUCGAGGGUUGUGUCUACAGUGCUUUCAAGGCAGCUGAAGUGCUGCGAUCACAUUUUGGUUGUUUGCGGGACUUGUCCAUCAGUCGCGGUACCUUUGAUUGGGGAGUGUCUUGCCCGGAAGAGCUGGUCGACGGCAAGCAGCACGUCAUGUACGUGUGGUUUGAUGCCCUGAUCAACUACAUGAGUGGCGUUGACGGCACUGAUGCUUCAAAACCUCUCAGCAGAUUUUGGCCAGCCAACAUGCACAUCGUGGGCAAGGACAUUCACUGGUUUCAUGCCGUGAUUUGGCCGGCCAUGCUGAUGAGUGCAGGAAUGGCAUUGCCCAAGAGCGUUGUCGUCCAUGGAUUCAUCGCGGGAGCAGAUGGCCGGAAAAUGAGCAAGAGUUUGGGCAACGUCGUUGACCCUCACGACAUGCUAGACAAAUUCCCCUGUGAUACCUUGCGCUGGUAUCUUUGCCGUGAGGCUACCUUUGGCGACGAUGUGAGAUUCAGCGAGGAUUCUCUCCGCUUGAUGCACAAUGCAGAGCUUUGUGACAACCUGGGGAACUUGGUGAAUCGUGCUGUUUCCCUCUGCGGUGGAUCAGUACCAAAAGCUGGGAAGAAGGACUUGGUGUCUCAUCCCUUUAACCUCAAAGAGUUGAAGACUGGGGUCAGAGAUGCCUUUGAAUCCUACCGGCUUUCGGAUGCUGCAGACCUCACAGUGAGGGCUGCUGGACAGACCAACAAGUGGAUUGCAGACCUUGAGCCCUGGAAGAUGAAGGAUGCAGAGAAGCAGGAACUUCGAGCUGCAUGCCUGCGCAAACUUCUGGAGGCCGUAUAUGUCUUGGCGCACUUCUUCGCUCCCUUCAUUCCCACUGCAGCAGAGGCCAUCUUUGCAAAGCUGGGAGAAGCUGCAAGGCCCAUCCCAGACUUGUCGGACGACUUCCAGAACUUGACAGAGGGUAAGGAGGUGAAAGCCACCUCUUUGCUCUUCAGCCAGUUGGAAGUGAAGAAGGUCGAUGUGGAGGCCGCGACCGAGAAGAAGGUCCAGGAUAAGAAAGCUGCCGCGAAGGCAGAUGCGAAGGAAGGCAAGGAGGGCAAGCCGAAGGCAAAGGCCAAGGAGGAGAAAAAGGCCAAAGUUGAGAUCAAGGAUGAUCCAAACCAACCGCUGUUCUCAAAGUUAGACAUCCGCGUUGGCAAGAUUGUCAAGGCAUGGAAUCAUCCCAAAGCGGAUCGACUCUACGUGGAGGAGAUCGACGUUGGUGAUCCGGAUGGACCUCGGCAAGUCAUCAGCGGGCUGCGAGAGCACUACACCCUGAAGGAGUUCGAGGGGAAGAGGCUCCUUGCAAUUUGCAACCUGAUGCCGGCGAAGAUGAUAGGAGUCACCUCGCAUGGAAUGGUGCUUUGUGCAAAGAGUGCAGACAAGAAGGUCGUUGAGCUCAUUAAUGUGCCAGAGAGCUGCAAGAUUGGAGAUCGAGUGUUGCCUGAGGGUGUGCCUGCCACUUGGGCGCCUUUCACACCCGAAGCCGUCAAAGAAUUGAAGAUUUGGGAAGCGGUGGUGAAGGAAAUGAGAACUGAUGCCACCCGCACUGUUUGCUUUGAUGGCAAACCAUUGGUUAGCGCGACAGGAGAGAAAUUCUUGGCACCCACGCAAGCGGAGGCAGAGAUUGGCUGA